GGCACGACUAUUCCUUCACCGGUGGUGUCUCCCAUAGUUUUUUCAAUCCCAUUUAUUCUCAACAACCGUUCUCUUCUCAAUUUCUUCAAUCUCAUUUUCUCCAUCUUCUUCUUCACAGUCUCACCCGCUAUUCAUUCAAGAACAUCUAUUCACCCUUCAAGGACAGUCAACAUGCCAUUCGUUGAGAUAUCAGCGAUUAGACCACAUGAUAAUGCAAAGCCCCUUCAAAUAAGAGUAAUAAGAAAGUGGAUACCGUACGAAAGUAGACAAGAGCUUUGCUAUCUUUUUGUAGUUAACCAUGGAGAUGCAAUAGAAGCAAUAGCCGAUCUACAUCAUCAAUCCCAUUUUGAGUCACGUAUAACACUACAUUCUUGCUACACUAUCACUGAUUACCUAUCAGACACUACAAGAUCGUCCAUGAAUGUUGUACCCCAUACAAAAUGUAUCAGACUUGGUCUACGAACGUCCUUUUCGCAAUUUGAUGACGACACCAUCCCCUACCAUUACUUCAACUUUGUCAACUACGAUCGUUUAAAGCCCCUCAUCGACAACCAUCUUUUGCUAACAGAUUACAUUGGUCGUAUGGACCGAGUAUCACCUAUCCUUAAUAUGGCAGGCAACAAGCUAUUAAAAAUCAAUCUUCAAGAUCAAAGCGGGAACUUUAUUGAGGCCACCUUAUGGGAGCAAAUUGCAUUUUCCUUUGACAGAGAAGAUGCUUUACAAAAGCCUCAACCCGUGAUAAUAGCUAUGACAUCAAUGAAAGUCACGGAGUAUAAAGGAACACUUCAAUUGGGAUAUACCAACGCAACUACUAUUGUCAUCAAUCCAGAUAUAGAAGAUCUUGAGAAUGUCAUUACUAGGUUUGGAAUUAUUAGAGAUCGCUCAAGAACAUACCCAUCUACUUCAACAUCGAUCAUGUCUUCAGAGGAUGUAUUUGACCCAACCUCAUCCACAACUUCAUUAAACCCAAAAUAAUCAGACUUCUUCACAUUCACAACUCUAAUCUUCACUUCAUAUUCUCCAAACUCACGUCCAAGAACCCUAAUUCUUCUUCCACUCAUAACUUCUUCAAUCUUUCACCAAAUCGAAUGAUUCUUGAGCCUACUUUGUGUAGUUUUUUGAGAGCUACAAAACCACCAUAAUAGUUUUCAUCAAAUUUUGCUCGUUUGCAAGACUUUUGAGCUGUAAAUUUCGGGUUUUGAAGGGUGUUCUUCAAGUUGCUUGAUUUUCAUCUUUUACUAGUUUCUCUU